AUGUCCGGCUCUCCUCCACCGGAACCACCAGCUGAGCCUCCACAGACAGCCGGGCGAAGAAGGAAGCGAUCUCGGUCUCACACUCCUCCGACGACGACGACAGCAGCCGCUGCCUCGCCUAUAACGCCUUUAGACACCACAGCUCCUCGACCGAGUACGCUACCAAGAGGCGGGGAGACCAUUACAGAGCUGGCCGUGCAACCAGGGCCGUAUGCGCUCAACUAUCCACUCCCUCCAGCCUCAUAUCAGUCUGCCUCGAGCCUCCCCUCAACAUCCAUCAGCGCUCCAUCGCCUCGUUUGGCACUGAGCCCUGUUUCGCCACGCGCGACUCGAAAACCCAAGGCGCAUGUCGCUUCGGCUUGUGUAAAUUGCAAAAAGAAGCAUCUGAGAUGUGAUAGCAGUCGCCCGUGUCGGAGGUGUGUGCAAAGCGGCAAAGAGGACUCGUGCGUAGAUGUCGAGCACAAGAAGAGGGGCCGUCCUCCGCUAAAGCCAGACGACGCUUCUGCAAGACGGCCAGGCUUUGAAGCAGCAUUGAGCCCGGUGCCCGGUCGCCUAGGAGAACCGAGAAGAUUCGCAGACCAGUCAAUAUUUCCCCCAGCAGCAGCAUAUCACCCCAUCAGGCCGCUCGGUACAACUAAUUUUCGACCGGGACGGGCAGCAUCAUCGAUCUUCACCCUACAUGCGCCGCCGUCAAUAUCGCCCAGCCUGGCAACGGCGGAGGGGACAUUUGUGCCUUCAUCGUCUCGUCAAUAUCCCGCUGGUAUUGCGCCCAUGCCAGGGCAAGCACCGUCACCUUACAACCCUUCGCAUCCAGAAUCCGCCUUCCCAUCGAUGACCUAUGCCGGUGGCUACAACUACCCAUCCCAGCAAGGACAGGUGGGAACUUCUGGAUAUUACACUUCCAACCCCAUCUUUCCUCCUCGUCCAUCGCCCUUGCCAGCUGAUCAGCUGCCACCCCUCCAGAUGUCAUCCAGUCUUCAGCUCCCUCCCAUCCUGCCAGCUCCUUCGGCCCCGAUCGACCCGGCGAUUGUGCAGCAGCUUCCUCAACAAACUCAACCAUCUGCCCGGGGAGAGCCAGGAAGCAGAAAUGAUGGCACACAAGAACCAGAUCCGAAACGACCGAAGAUGGACAUACAGGGCAUCUUAGGUCCCCGAAACGACUGA